UGAAAAGAUAUCUACCAAUCCUAAAUAAGAAGAAAAAAACAUAAAAUCUUCAUUUAUCAACAAUAAAAUAAAAUUUAUAUCUUCCUUUCUCUCUUACCCUUAAAAUCUGAUUUUUCCUCCUCUUGUCUCAAAAAUCAAUCAUCUAAUACCCUUUCUCUCUCCCUCUACUGAUCAUCUUCAUAAAGGUAAUGCAAAUGGCAAGAGCAUGUUCUUCGUAAUUUAUUACAUUGUUCAUAAGGUUUUGUCUCGCUCUUCCCUUUUUGUAUAUAUUGUAAUUAUUGUCUAAGAAAAACAAAACAGGAGAGAGAUUAAUGGAGGAGCCGAAAUGGCUCGAAGGUCUCUUAAGAACAAACUUCUUCAGCAUUUGCCCUCGACAUCGCGAGACACCGCGAAAUGAGUGCAACAUGUUCUGUCUCUCCUGUCAAAACGCUGCGUUUUGCUUCUACUGCCGCUCCUCCUUUCACAUUGAUCAUCCCGUCCUUCAGAUAAGAAGAUCGUCGUAUCAUGAUGUGGUGAGAGUAUCGGAGAUAGAGAAUGCAUUGGACAUAAGAGGAGUGCAAACUUAUGUCAUCAAUAGCGCGAGGGUUCUCUUCUUAAACGAGAGACCUCAGCCUAAGAACUCCUCCCAUGGUGCCGCCUCCUCCACUCCGAAAACCAUGUCCUACUUCUGUGAGACAUGUUGCAGAACCCUUCUUGAUCCCUUUCGCUUCUGUUCCUUGGGUUGCAAGGUUCGUUUUCCUACACCUUUUCUCAAUGCAAAAUUCCUUUUUGUAGCUGGAUGGAUAAAUCAUGAGCAAAAACCUGUAAACUUCAUAUCAUAGAAAAACGAAUGCAUAGUUAUAAGUCAAUCUAUCUAACGAGCACUUUACAACUGGACCAACAAAAUUGGUUUAUCAUAUUUUCAUCAUUAUUACUAAUAUCUUCGCAUUUAUUUGUCCGAUAUAAAAUGAGGAAUCGGUUUAAGGAUACACCGUAUAAUGUUUAGUUACUUGUAUGGUAAAUUCAUUGAAUCAACUAUAUUCAAACUCGCUUAAUACAUGUUGUUUGCCUCAUAUAAUGUAUCUUAAGAAAAUAUAUACGAGGUUAGAUGUUUGUAUAUAUGUAUAUGGUACAUUUUGCUCAAAAAAAAAGUAUAUGGUACAUUUGCAUAACGGAAAUGUAUGAUGUGAUCAUAAUAAAAAUGUCAGGUUGAAGGAAUGAGGAAGAAUAAGGAAGAGGAAGAAGAAAGAUUGCGUAAAGAAAGACAACAAGAAACGCACAAAGGCACGCAUCCUCCAACUCAUACCUCUAAUUCUAGGCGACGAAAAGGCAUUCCUCAUAGAGCUCCUUUUGCCUCCUAAUUUAAUCAAUCUUUUUCAAGAAAUAAAAUAAAACUUUUCUUUAACUUAUUUUUAUCUUUUUAAAAUCAUCAGUUAAUGGUCCACCCAAACAUAGCAUAGUAUAUGCGUAUUGGGUGGGUGUAUUUAUAUAUUCCCAAUUUGUACAAUGUCCAGCUCACUUCUCACAAUCCUCUCACAUGGAAAACCAACAAUUUGUAUAGAAGAAAAUCCUAAUUUCCCUAUAUUUUUUUUUUGUAAAACAUUAAAUACAUUUCUAGCUAAUUGUAUAACAUAUAUCUAUACUGUAGGAUUGUAGGAUG